AUGACCCAACUCUGUGGUCGCAUCCCCAGGCCGGUCCGCUCAUGUGCCACCAUUCCCGGGGCCGUGGCGGCCACCGUGCUACUCGGCAUCUACCUCCUCGUGCGACCAGCACUAGGGGAAUUGGAGCCGCUACCCAUCGACCGUCACAUCAUUCGCGCGCGGACUCGAGGCGAAGCAGCCUCGUCCACGGAAAAGACGGCCGAUGCCGAGCCCCCAUAUCGGCUAGAUGAGUUCCCCGGCGCAAGGCAGCUUCGCACCUCGUACGGCACGAUGCAGGUUUUCGAAUGGGGGCCCGAAGACGGAGAGAAGGUCCUCCUAAUCCACGGUAUCGGCACGCCAUGCAUAGCCCUGGGUGACAUGGCCCGAGAAUUCGUCGCAAAAGGCUUCAGGGUAAUGCUGUUUGAUCUCUUCGGAAGAGGAUACUCAGAUGCCCCGGCUGAUCUGCCAUAUGACGAUCGCCUCUACACCACGCAGAUCCUGCUCGGGCUGUCCUCGUCGCCGCUGCCGUGGACCGGCUCCUCCGUCUUCCACAUCCUCGGCUUCUCCCUCGGCGGCGCCAUCGCCGCCUCCUUCGCCACCUACCACGCCAACAUGCUGCGAUCCGCCACGCUCGUCUGCCCCGCCGGCCUCGUGCGCCCCGCGCACAUAUCCUGGAGCAGCCGCCUGGCCUUCAUACUGGGCGACCACAUCCCCGAGUUCCUGGUCCAGCGCCUGGUGCGCCGGCGGCUGCGGCCGUCGUCGUCCCAGCACUCCAGCGUGGACAUCCCGGACGGCGCCGAGGACGCUGACGUCGACUUUAACGCGGUGCCCGUUGGUGGCCGCACGAUCGGCGAGGUGGUGCGCUGGCAGUUUGACGGGAACGACGGGUUCGUGCCCGCGUUCGUGAGCACCAUCCGCAACGCGCCCAUCUACGCGCAGCACAAGACGCUGUGGCCGCGGCUAGCAGAGGCACUGGCGGUGCGGCGGCGGCAGCCGGUGGACGGGGAGGCGGCUGAGCGUCGUCCGGUCGGGAUGUCGACGGGGCGGAUCUGCCUGAUCGUGGCAGACAAGGAUCCCAUCAUCGUGGGGGCGGAGUGCGUCGAGGACACGCGCGCUAUCUUGGGUGAAGAUGGUGUGGAUGCUUAUAUCCUCAAGGGAGGUCAUGAGAUUGCCAUCUCGCGUGGCAAAGAGAUUGCCAACAUUGCCAUUGAAUCUUGGACGAAAUUUAGAAAGGAAUAG